CAAACACACAAAACUCAUUUUCUCUCUCUAGACCCUUCUUCUCUGAAAAUACCCACCGGCCGGCAACGUCACUUUCCGACCGACCAAAGAAAAAAAAUAAUGGAUGUUGAAGAAAGAUCGUCAUCAAUAAUGGACGUCGGCAACAACAAAUCAGUAAAUCAAAUCAGUGAAGACGAAAUGGAUCUCCGGCGAGGUCCAUGGACCGUCGAAGAAGACGUUGCUCUCAUGAAUUAUAUUACCAAAUAUGGCGAAGGCCGAUGGAAUUCUUUAGCUCGUUGUGCAGGUUUGAAAAGAACCGGCAAGAGUUGUAGAUUGAGGUGGUUGAAUUAUCUACGCCCUGAUGUUCGUCGUGGCAAUAUCACUCUCGAGGAACAACUUUUGAUUCUUGAGCUUCAUUCUCGAUGGGGAAAUCGAUGGUCGAAAAUUGCUCAACAUUUGCCGGGCAGAACUGAUAACGAGAUUAAAAAUUAUUGGAGAACACGAGUGCAGAAGCAUGCUAAACAACUCAAAUGUGAUGUGAACAGCAAGCGGUUCAAGGAUACGAUGAGGUACCUUUGGAUGCCUCGUCUUGCUGAGAGGAUUCGGGCGGAGGCCUCGAAAGCUUCGCCCGAAACCCUAGUUGUGCCCGACAACUACAAUUGUGUGAACUAUGAUCCACUCGAUGUGCCUAUGCCAACCGAGGAGGAUUUUUCUGUAAUGCAAGUUAGUGGUGUCGGAUAUGGAUUGGAUCAAUCUAGCGCGGUUGCAUCGCCCGAUUCUUUUGGGUCUAUCCAAGUAUCUGAUCCGACAUCUGAUGUGACCGUGGAUUACAACAACAAUUACACUGCUAAUAACGCAAACAACAAUAAUCAAGAAUAUUAUCCGAUGAAUCCACAACAACAAUUUUAUCCGGAUUCUUUGAUUAGCCCCACGGCUGGCUACCUUAGCCAUGGUUCAGAUUUCUCGGGUAACAACAACCAAUGGUUCGAACAAUUGGCCGACACAUCAGACAAUUUCUGGAACAUCGACGAUAUUUGGUUGUUACAACAAAUCAACACCGAGAACAACAACAAUAAUAACGCGUUCAAUUGAAGAAACGCAAUAGAUCAUAUAAAAUUGCAAUAAUAACUUAGGGUUUUUUAUAUAAAAAAACAAAUAGAUCUACUUUGUGGGUAAUUAAUUACAAAAGGUUGAUUGUAAUUAAUUUGUUUCUUUUCCAUUUUUUGUAUGUGGGGGUAAAAACUUAUUUUAUUUUAC